GCCUAGGCUACUUAACAUGCAUCUUCACUUUAAUUAAUUAAAUAGUGAUUAUGCACAUGAUAAAAAUGAGCCUACAUUUAAUUCUCAGAUUCCUCCCAAUCUCCUGAGAUGAAGGUGAAUGUCUUCGUUUUCGCCGUGGCUCUACUUGGUGCCUUCCAACCUCGCUAUGAAUGUAGAGCUAUUGAAACCCCCCGGGCGGUCCAUCCAUCCCACAAUCUACAGGCGGAGCUGCAACAGCAACUCCCUAUUCUUCUGCGACUAGGAGAGGAGUACUUCAUUCGGCUAGACAACUCCAAUCAAAAUUCGCUCCAGUCCUCCUCGCCGAACACAGCUCCUGGAGCUGCUGCGCCCUCAACAACGGUCAACAGGGCUUUACAACUUCAGCUCACGCAGCGCCUUCUACAAGGUAAAGUCGGUGACAUCAAUCGGUUUCUGAACAGCUACGCUAACCAGAUGGGUGAUUCCAUGGAAAUAGGAAAGAGGUCCGGGCCGGGCGAAGAGCCACCGAUCUCUUUGGACCUGACGUUCCACCUGCUGAGGGAAGUUCUAGAAAUGGCUCGAGCCGAGCAAUUAGCACAGCAGGCAAAUAGUAACCGAAAAAUGAUGGACAUAUUCGGGAAAUGAAAGUGUUAGAAACACAUUUGCCAAAUAAUUUGUUUACAUCUUGCAAAGUGUACGGUACUAUUCCAUUUCUGUAUUACUCUUUAAUUGGUUAACGUUCGUUAUUUUAUUUAUAAUUUGUAUUUAUUUAAACGAGAGCUGUAAAAUCGAGUUGUAAUUCCCUGUAUAUUUAUUACAUUGUUUGAUGAGAAGCAAACAUAGCAAACAUGCUGAAACUGAACAAAUAUCCUUUGUCUUAAUUUAUAUUCAAGCAUAACAUGUUUUGUAUAUACUGUUAGUCACACAUUCAUCCUCUCUUUCUGAAAUUCCCUCUCAUUGUACAACUGGUUAAAGUUUGAUAAUAAAAUACAAUA